UUCACGGAGGAAAAGUUUGGCCAGGCCGAGAAGACAGAGCUGGACGCCCACUUUGAGAACCUCCUGGCGCGGGCGGACAGCACCAAGAACUGGACGGAGAAGAUCCUGAGGCAGACCGAGGUGCUGCUGCAGCCCAACCCCAGUGCCCGAGUGGAGGAGUUCCUGUACGAGAAGCUGGACAGGAAGGUCCCCUCGCGGGUCACCAAUGGAGAGCUGCUGGCCCAGUACAUGGCAGAGGCGGCCAGCGAGCUGGGGCCCACCACGCCCUACGGGAAGACACUGAGAACAGUGGCAGAAGCGGAAAAGCGCCUGGGAGCCGCAGAGAGGGAUUUCAUCCACACAGCUUCCAUCAGCUUCCUCACACCCCUGCGCAACUUUCUGGAAGGGGACUGGAAGACGAUUUCGAAAGAGAGACGGCUCCUCCAAAACCGGCGUCUGGACUUAGAUGCCUGCAAAGCCCGGCUGAAGAAGGCCAAAGCCGCAGAAGCCAAAGCCACGUGUGAGGGAGAUACGGUGCCUGACUUUCAGGAGACUAGACCUCGUAAUUACAUUCUCUCGGCCAGCGCCUCCGCGCUUUGGAAUGAUGAGGUGGACAAGGCCGAACAAGAGCUCCGAGUGGCCCAGACAGAGUUUGACCGGCAGGCAGAAGUGACGCGUCUCCUGCUGGAGGGAAUCAGCAGCACACACGUGAACCACCUUCGCUGCCUGCAUGAGUUCGUCAAGUCUCAGACAACGUACUACGCGCAGUGCUACCGCCACAUGCUGGACCUGCAGAAGCAGCUGGGCAGUUCCCAGGGCACCAUUUUUCCAGGCACCUUCGUUGGCACCACAGAGCCUGCCUCCCCGCCACUGAGCAGUACCUCGCCCACCACCACUGCAGCCACUAUGCCUGUGGUACCCUCUGUGGCUGGCUUGGCCCCUCCUGGGGAGGCGGCCCUCUGCCUGGAGGAGGUGGCGCCUCCCGCCAGUGGGACACGCAAGGCCCGGGUGCUCUAUGACUACGAGGCGGCCGACAGCAGUGAGCUGGCCCUGCUGGCUGAUGAGCUCAUCACUGUCUACAGCCUGCCGGGCAUGGACCCUGACUGGCUCAUCGGUGAGAGAGGCAACAAGAAGGGCAAGGUCCCGGUGACCUACUUGGAACUGCUCAGCUAAGCAGGCCCCUCCCGGGCCCCUGCCACCUGGCCAGGGCAGGAGAGGACGGUGCAGCCCUGCCACUUAAUUUUGUUGGUGACACAGCUACGGGAUGGGGCCACCAACCCUGUCCUGUCUGUGCCCGUUAUCCAGCUGUGAGGGAGCCGAGGCCGGUCAGCCCCCACCCUGCCCUGCUUCUGACCAUGGUUCUGGCGCCCCAACCCUGCCUGCGUCCUGAGCACCCCACCCCUGGCUCCCACUAAGGGAUGAGGGGCUGCGGCAGCUGCACUGGGCCACACCUAGGCCAGGGUGGGGCAGUCGCAGAUGGCCCAGGAAGCCUGGGUGCACCUUGGCAAGGAGAGCGCCCGCUUUGUUGCUGCCAAAGGCUGAGGGAGAGCGGCGUGGCGGGGGGCCGGGUGGCGGGGGC